AUGGCAAUCUUAUUUGCAGUAGUGGCUCGUGGGACAACAGUCUUGGCGAAACAUGCCUUGUGUGGAGGAAAUUUCCUGGAGGUGACAGAGCAGGUCCUAGCCAAAAUUCCCUCUGAAAAUAACAAGCUCACAUACUCCCAUGGAAAUUAUCUAUUUCAUUACAUUUGCCAAGACAGAAUCAUUUAUCUCUGCAUUACAGAUGAUAACUUUGAGAGGUCCAGAGCAUUCAAUUUCCUUAAUGAAAUUAAAAGACGUUUUCAGACAACUUAUGGUUCACGAGCACAAACUGCAUUGCCCUAUGCCAUGAACAGUGAGUUCUCCAGUCUGCUUGAUGCACAAAUGAAGCAUCAUUCAGAUUCUAAAAGCUCGGACCGCAUAUCUGAAACUCAAAACCAGGUUGAUGAACUCAAAGGCAUAAUGGUCCGAAACAUUGAUCUUGUCGCUCAAAGAGGAGAAAAGCUGGAGUUGCUUCUUGAUAAAACAGAGAAUCUUGUAGAUUCUUCUGUCACCUUUAAAACUACUAGCAGAAAUCUUGCCAGAGCAAUGUGCAUGAAGAACCUUAAACUCACCAUUAUAAUAGUGGUGAUCUCUAUUGUUGUGAUCUACAUUAUUGUGUCUGCAGCUUGUGGUGGACCAAGUUGGAAAAGUUGUGUAUAAAAAAAAAAAUAAAAAAAAUGUUUAUAUAUUAAUAUUGCAAGAAGAGAGGAAAGUUGUGUUGGACCGUGACAUUACUUCCCAGAAGAAUGGUAUCGUAACCAGUUUGACAGCUAUUACCCGAGUUCUUUCAUAGUCCAUCUUCAGAAUAAUUUUUUCCUCUUUUCUGUGUACAUUUAAAGACUUCUACAUUUAAUCUUGCCUUAUUUAACUAUGAUGAGAAAGACAAAAGGAUAACACUUCUUUUAUAUGUAAGUAUAAAUAUAUACAUAAACUUAAGAACAUUGACUUUUCGACUAUUGUAUAUACCUUAGUUUCACUCCUGAAGAACUCCGUGUUUAAAUAAACCUCUGUGUGCGUGUGUGUGUGUGUGUAUGUCUAUAUGUAUAUAUAUAUAUAUAAAUAAAAAAAUUAAGUGUAUAUAUACAUACAUACAUCUAUAAAUAUAAAAAUGUGAAGCAAAUAUGUUCUUAAGGUUUAUGACAGUGGGCACAACUAAGUGAAAUAUAAAUGUGGGAUCUUGCAGCUGCUAUUCUUUUACAGGAGAGAGUUUUAUGUGCCUAUAAGAGAAAAAUCAUUGCUGGUUCUGCAUUAUCACCAAUGUUCACUGUGGUAUAUAGAAAUUUUUGUCACUUUAGUCUGAAGUAUUUCUUUAUUUUUUAUUAUUUUUAAUUAUAAUACAGAAACUGGUAUCCUUUACUAAAAUUGUGGAUUCACAAACUUUUGAAAUAAAUUUUUUUUCUUUCUUACUUUGUGAGAAGAAAUUCAGAUCUCAGUAGUAAAGAAGUUGUAAUCCAGUUGACAACACGUUCAAGAAAUUACUUUGAAUUUUGUGUGUUGGUGUGAGAGGACAUACAAAUAUUUAGUUUGUGUUCUAAGUUUCCCCUCUUGUUUAAUUUUGUGUCCUAUUAACAGAUGAUAUUUACAUUACACAAAGUAACAUUGUGUUGUUUUGGCUGAUGAGCAUUUCCAGCAGAAAUCUGAAUUGAAUGAAGUGUUACUCAUUUGUCUAAAAACAUACUUGCACUUCUUUUGCAAACGGUUUUAGGAUGACAUUUUAAUGUACUAUGAUAUUUGUAACAUUUCAAUAAUAAAAACCAUACAUUAAUUUACAAAGAUGGGAAAUUGUAGUACUGCGUUUAUUGAUGUACAUAAAAUUGGGUUGUUAGCAAUCAGUAUUUUGAAAAAGAUUUAGUACCAAAUCCUACAUGAAUAUUACAGUAUUUAUUCAUCCUAUGGGGAGAAAUAACUAGCAGUGAUCUUUGGCUAAAUGAAGUAUUUUUAUUUUUAAAUGAGCCAUAAAAUACAUCAUUCAUUUUGUACUUAACUUUGAGAAAGGGGCUUAUUAAUCCUAUGUGUUUUAUUUUUAGGGUUUAUUUUACAAUUUCCUGCUCUUUUUUGGUCUUUUAAAUGCUGUUAUCAAGAGAUGAUGUGAUACAGUUUCUUUGUUAUGUCAGUGUAAUUUCUUUUAUGUGUUUAGUUAUUGGAAAUGAUUAAAUGAUUUGAAUUAUGACUUGGGUAUAAUAUUCACUUGUUUGAAGGCACUUUAAAUUGUUUAACAAAUGUGUACAAUUGUAUUUGAAAAGCUCAAGAUACAACUGAUGUUAACACAAAUAUAAGUGAUAUAUAAGGAGGCGAUUAUUCUACAUUUACACAGAAACCAUUUACUUGUGUUAUUAUUAUUAUUUUUUUUAAUCAAAAUGUCUCUUUGUAUGUAUGUACUGUAUGUGUUUUGAUCAUGCACUAUUACCUUGUUAAAAUAAAGCCUGAACCAUCAUGGACAAGGGGAUUGAAUUCGAACAGUUAAA